AUGGAGAGGACAAAUCAAAGCAAUCAAGGUGUCAGUGAAUUCAUCCUCCUGGGAUUUCCCUCCACUCUGGAAAUUCAGGUGUUGCUUUUCUCAGUAUUUCUUAUCACCUAUAUGCUGGUGGUGACAGAGAACACAGUCAUCAUUCUAACAGUUCACAGAAACCGUCACCUUCAUACCCCCAUGUACUUCUUCCUGAGCAACCUAUCCUUCCUGGAGAUCUGGUACAUCACAGUCACUCUCCCAAAGGCCAUGCUGAACUUCCUAAUGGAAAACAAGCACAUCUCCUUUGUGGGCUGCAUGAUGCAGCUCUACUUCUUCCUUGCCUUGGGGUGUACUGAGUGUGUCCUCUUGGCUGUCAUGGCCUACAACCGCUAUGUAGCUAUCUGCAACCCACUGCGCUACCCAGCAAUCAUGAGCUGAGCUCUUUGUAUUCGUCUCGCAGCUGGGUCUUGGAUCAGUGGUUUCCUCAUCUCCAUGUGGAAGGUGCUCCUUAUCUCUCAGCUGAUGUACAGUGGGCCCAAUAUUAUUAACCAUUUUUUCUGUGAUGUGUCUCCCCUCUUGAACUUAGCCUGCACCAACAUGUCCCUGGCUGAGCUGACGGACUUCAUCCUGGCUUUAUUCAUCUUGCUGAUCCCACUUUGCGUCACCAUCUUCUCCUACAUUUACAUCAUUUCCACUAUCGUACACAUCCCCUCAGCCCACGGCCGCCAGAAAGCUUUCUCCACCUGUGCCUCCCACCUCACAGUGGUUAUCAUCUUCUACGCUGCCAGCAUUUUCAUAUAUGCCAGGCCUAAAGCCAUCUCCUCCCUUAAUUCAAACAAGCUGAUCUCAGUCUUGUACGCUGUGAUUGUACCACUCUUCAACCCUAUUAUUUAUUGUCUGAGGAACAAGGAGGUCAAAGAAGCCUUUAAAAAGAGUUUGUUCAGCAAAGGGAUUUUUUCCAAAAAAUAUUAA